CCCAAAUACCGGUAUCAAACUUCCAGGAGCGGUCCAAUGAACAAUACCAUAAAUGCCGUCGGUGGCCUGCAGGCCGAUUACCACCGGAAUAUCGGUGGUCGCCGGUAAUACUACAGAAUUACCAUUUAAUACCCAAAAAUGGAAAAUUGCGUAAAAAGGGGAAAAGUAGGGAGUGUUAUUUACGGCGGCCGUCGAUGAAACCGAUUGCUUCCCUAUGGCAUAUUGCUUCCCUCCGAAACCGAUUGCUUUGGUUCGCUGGUUUCCUCCAAUGGCUGCCUUUUAGCCAAAGGUCUUUUCAUGUGAAAUAAUUCCCAUCCCAUGUUCCAUGGUGGCACGAAAUUAUCGACUCGAUCCGUCCCUCUCACCGAAUCGAACCAUUUCCAAUCAUUGUUUCCGAUCGAGAACGAGGCAGCCGCAAUUCCUCGAUCGAUCCGAAUUCCAAACCUACCGAUGAAGAUCGUCAACCCCUAAAGGUCAGAAAUUUGAGGUUUGUUCUUACCCCACCAUCCCUUUACCCUUCUGCUGGUUCAAUUUGGUCGCUUCGUGAAUAGUACUGUUCGGCAUGAUCCAAAUUUCCCAGUUUGAUUAAGAAGUCUUCUCUUGUUUUUCUGGCCCUCUUAUAACCCCUUUCUGAUUUUGUUUUUCAUUUCUAGGUGUAUUUGAAUUGGUAAGGGUAGAAGGAUUUUCAAUGGAUUAUUUGCCGGACCAAUUAGUAUGGGAAAUUUUGAGCAGAAUCAAGAAAACUGUACACAGAAACUCUAUCUCCUUGUCAUGUAAGCGGCUCUACGAUCUGGACAAUGAACAGAGGCAGUCUCUUCGAGUUGGUUGCGGGUUAGAUCCCGCGAAUGAAGCCCUGACUUCACUCUGCAACAGGUUUCCCAAUUUGCAAAAAGUGGAAAUUACAUAUUCUGGUUGGAUGUCCAAGCUAGGGAAGCAGUUAGAUGAUCAAGGGCUUGCGAUUCUGGCUAACAAUUGCCCUUUAUUGACCGACCUCACCUUAAGUUACUGCACGUUUAUCACAGAUGUUGGUCUUCGUAGUUUAGCUACGUGCUCCAAGCUUUCUGCUUUAAAAUUGAACUUCACACCGAGGAUAACUGGUUGUGGUGUCUUAUCUCUUGUAGUAGGUUGCAAGAAUCUCACCAUUCUCUGCCUCAUUCGGUGUCUCAAUGUAACCAGUGUUGAGUGGUUGGAAUACCUAGGAAGGCUCGAGUCGCUUGAAGAGCUCUCUAUUAAGAACUGUAGGGCUAUUGGAGAGGGUGAUUUGAUGAAGCUCGGAGCUAGCUGGAGAAAACUGAAAAAGUUGCAGUUUGAAGUGGAUGCCAAUUACAGGUACAUGAAGGUUUAUGACAGGUUAGCUGUUGAUCAGUGGCAGAAGCAAUCUGUGCCUUGUGAAUCAAUGCUAGAGCUUAGCUUGGUGAAUUGCAUAAUCAGCCCAGGGAGAGGACUAGCUUGUGUUCUAGGUAAAUGCAAGAACUUGGAGAAGAUUCAUUUGGACAUGUGUGUUGGUGUAAGAGAUUCAGAUAUCAUAACCCUAGCAAAGAACUCCAGUAAUCUCCAUUCACUCUCACUUCGAGUUCCUUCAGAUUUCUCAUUGCCACUUCUGAUGGGAAAUCCGUUGAGAUUAACGGACGAGAGUUUGAAGGCCGUUGCAGAGCACUGUAGAUUGCUGGAGUCGAUACGGAUAUGUUUUUCUGAUGGAGAGUUUCCUUCGUUCUCAUCGUUCACCUUGGAAGGAAUCCUGAUUUUGAUUCAGAUGUGCCCUAUCCGGGAGCUUGCUCUUGACCAUGUCCACUGCUUUAAUGAUGCUGGGAUGGAAGGGCUUUGUUUGGCGCAGUCGCUUGAAGCUUUGGAGCUAGUUGGAUGCCACGAGGUCACCGACGAAGGGCUGCAGCUCGUGGCUCAGUUUCCCGGUCUGAAGACGCUCCGGUUGAAGAAGUGUUUGGGGAUUACGAAUGAUGGACUGGAGCCUCUUGUUGGGUCGUACAAGCUGGAACUGUUGGCUGUGGAAGAUUGCCCUCAGAUUUCCGAGAGGGCCGUUCAUGGAGCUGCGAAAACUGUCUCUUUCAGGCAAGACUUGUCUUGGAUGUACUGAAUCUGGUAGUCGUCUGGUAACCUUGCUUGGCAUUCAACUGCCUAAUAAAUGCAAUGAAUUGGUUUCUAUGAUUCCCAUAUGUAUUUUGUUCUAUUGGUUUGCUUACUCCCUUGAUGUGUUGUAUCAUAUGGUUAAAGGGCAGGUAGUGGUUGAACUAUUUAAUUGUCUGUUCAGUGUACAUGUGACAUUCUGAUAAAAUGUAUAAUGGUUGAUUAAUUGAUUCUAUUACACGCCUUGAAAGUUAUUUGAUGAAUUAUUGUCCUCUUGGCAUGGAACUUGUAGAAUAUAUGGAUUUCAGGGUG